AUGAGCGCCACACAAAGUGCUGCAGGUUUACAAGAAAGCGGCUUCACUUCUUGGCAAAAGCGCUAUACUGUGGAAGAUAUUGCGCUGAGUGCACGACGCAAUGUUAUGCAAAAGCAACAGUCAAAUGCCAAAGCUUUGAGAGAUAAUUCGAUAUUUAACGUUGCCGAUUAA